GUGAGAUCAGAGUUUGUGUCGGAAAACGAUUCGUUUCGGUAUAGAAACCCUCGACGAAGUUAUUUUCAACUGUUAAUUUUUUUUUUUUAAUAAGAUGUCUGGAGAGGAAGACGCCACCGUGAGGGAGCCGCUAGAUCUGAUUCGUCUGAGUCUUGACGAGAGAAUCUAUGUCAAGCUUCGCUCAGACCGCGAGCUUCGCGGCAAGCUUCACGCGUUUGAUCAGCAUUUGAAUAUGAUUCUGGGAGAUGUUGAAGAAGUUAUAACAACAGUUGAGAUUGAUGAUGAGACAUAUGAAGAGAUUGUCCGGACGACAAAGCGGAACAUUCAGUUUCUGUUUGUGAGAGGAGAUGGAGUUAUAUUGGUGUCUCCACCACUGAGAGCACCCUGAAGUUAAAACUCAAAUCUGAAGCCUAAGUUAAAGGAACUUGAGUUCUCUCUAUGGGUGCUUUGUGUGACUAUUGGUGUGUAUUUAGAGUCUCUUUGUUGUCUUAAACUUUCUAAAAAUAGCUUCAAGGAACUCUUUUGCUUAGUUCCAGUUGCUUUCAGAUAUUUCUUACCUUAGCUACUUUUUUUUUUGCAUCGUGUGACAUUGUUUAAUUACAACCCAAUUCAUCUGAGUUUUACAAAAUGU